AUGUCUCGUCCUGGCACUACCUUAUAUGUCACCGGCUUCGGGCACGGGACUCGAGCUCGCGACCUUGCCUACGAAUUCGAACGGUAUGGCCGGCUUGUGCGCUGUGAUAUCCCAGCACCGCGAACUCCGUCGAGCAGACUCAGGUUUGCUUUUGUGGAGUACGAGAGUCGCCGUGAUGCAGAUGAUGCCUAUCAUGAGAUGCACAAUAAGCGGAUUGGCCGCGAUGACUUACUGAAGAUAGAGUGGGCUCGUACUCCUCCUUCUGCCUCCUGGCGUUUCGACUCUGGUCGUGACCGUCGGCGUGACCGUACCCCUCCCCGCCGUGGCCGCUCUCCUUCUCCUCGACGCAGCCGUGGCGACUAUUCUCCACGCAGGGAUGAAAGGUAUGACCGGGAGUAUGACCGCCACGAUCGUGACUACGACCGUCGCGACCGUGAUUAUGACCGUCGAGAUCGUGAUUAUGACAGACGUGAUCGUGAACGCGAACGUUCUCGUGAUCGCUCUCGUAGCCCUGACGAGAGAGAUCGUGAUGUCAAAGAAGAUCGGGAACGCCGGGAUGAUGAGCGAGAACGCAAUGACGAUGACCGUGAAAACGCACCAAAUGGCGAGGAAAGAAAAGUGGCUCCGUUAGACCCCCUGGCUUCUGCUCACGAUGAACUGGACACCGCUGAGUAG